CCACAACCCCGGCAGCGGUUCUAGCUUCAAGUCCUUUUGUGACCUCGCAGCCCACUGAAGAACUGCUGCGGGAAUUCGAAACGGUUUAUGGUGCUGUCGAGUUAACGCAUUUAACACCGCCGCAGAGUCCGCCGGGACCCGCGACUCAGUUGCUUCUGAGUUACGCUCAACAAGCACAAUGCACAGCACUAGCACCUCCAGCUCCCCUGGCACCGCCGCAAGAAGCGUGGCAGAUUGUGGCACCUGUUCCGGUUAACCAGCUGCCGGAAGGUUACGAGUGUGACUUGGACGCCGUCGAGGAACUGGUCCGUCACCGAGCCUCUCAACUGGCAUCUCCGCAACAUUCCAGUAGUAGUGCUAAUGCCUCUCCACGUUCUUCACCACCAUCAUCGCCGCGUUCCUCAUCGACCGACGAGGACUGGUCCGCACCGUCACGUUUGAAGACGCGUUCUGUAGAUGACCGUCGUUCACGCAAGAAGGAGCAAAAUAAAAAUGCUGCUACUCGUUACCGUCAGAAGAAAAAGGCCGAAGUGGAGGUGCUCCUCAAGGAGGAGCAGACCCUGCGCCAGCGUCACACCGAACUCGGGGAGAAGUGCUCUGACCUCCAAAGAGAGAUUCGCUACCUAAAGGCUCUGAUGCGUGAUCUUUUCAAGGCGAAGGGUCUAAUCAAGUAAAUCAAUCAACAACGCCGCCUCCAGAGAAAUAAAACAAUAUGCAAAAACGCAUAAAGCGAUUGAUUCUGUUGAUCAUCGGAAGUUAAGGGAGUUCUUUAAUUUGGAUGAUUUUUAUUUUACGAUAAAAUAAUUUAACUCUGUCAUAGUUUGCAUCUAAGUGAGCAGAUCAGAUGUCACAUUAUCGAGCAGCAUAAGCUACGUCAUCAUCAGAGGGAUACUAAUAACACCUUGUAAGGUGGCGCCAUUCUUCAUCAUUCAUUCAUUCAUUAAUUCAUUAAUUCAUUUAGACGAUAGGUCGCAUUCGUUAUUGUAAAAAUAUGUAUACUUAUAGGAUCAACAACAUCUUACUCCUUGUUUUGGUUAAAUCACUAUUUUCGGUAUAUAUAUACAUACUUGUAUUGAGAAAUUUUAUCA